CGCGGCCACAGCGCUCCGCCCGAGCCGCCGUCGGAGAGCCGCGGGGAGCGGGGCUGCACGGGCGGCGGCGCCGCGCGUCCUCCCGGAGCCCUCCGCCUGCUGCCGGCCCCUGCUCUCCCUCCCGCGUCGGGCCCGGGGACUCCGCGGCUGUUAGGGACUGCGGCGAAGAGGGAAGGACUGUCUUGCGUGCCGUGGAUGCUCCGCCCGGGAGAGACAGCAAGUUGUGAGUGCGGGAGAGAAGGUGGCCGCCGCCCGCCAGCCUGGACCAUCUUCCUUACUGCACAGGAUGGGAAGUUGAUGCCCAGUAAGACUGAAGAUCCGGUCUGUUCAUAGACGCUCCCCCAUCACAGAACUGUGGAUUACCUGUGGGUCCCCGGUGGAUUCGCACCUUCACUCCCUCCUGCAGACCCAGAACGGUUACUUUGGGUCCUCUUUGCCCUGUCUGGUGAAAGAUGGCAUCCAGUCUGACUUGCACCGGGGUCAUCUGGGCUUUGCUCUCGUUUCUUUGUGCUGCCACCUCCUGCGUGGGGUUCUUCAUGCCUUACUGGCUCUGGGGAUCUCAGCUGGGCAAGCCCGUGUCCUUCGGUACUUUCCGGAGGUGCUCGUAUCCCGUGCACGAUGAGAGUCGGCAGAUGAUGGUGAUGGUGGAGGAGUGUGGCCGCUACGCCUCCUUCCAGGGCAUCCCCAGCGCAGAAUGGAGGAUUUCUACCAUCGUGACAGGCCUGGGCUGUGGCCUCCUCCUCCUGGUGGCGCUCACCGCCCUCAUGGGCUGCUGUGUGUCGGAGCUCAUCUCCCGGACAGUGGGAAGAGUGGCUGGAGGAAUUCAGUUUCUGGGCGGCUUGUUGAUCGGUGCUGGCUGUGCACUGUACCCCAUGGGCUGGGACAGUGAGGAAGUCCGGCAGACUUGUGGCUACAUUUCUGGCCAGUUUGACCUGGGUAAGUGUGAAAUCGGUUGGGCCUACUACUGCACGGGAGCAGGUGCUGCCACCGCCAUGCUGCUAUGCACGUGGCUGGCUUGCUUCUCAGGCAAGAAGCAGAAACAGUACCCAUACUGAGAUGGAGCCACCAAGAGCAGACAGAGGAGAAGAUGGGCUGAAGGGGCUGGGAGGGACUGAAGCCUCCAGCUAUUCUCAAAAGGUGGAAUAGUGGUUCUAAACCAUACAAUACUAAUGAAAUGAAACCCAGUGGAAUUUAAAACAUUAUACCAUGUGGAAGGGUUGUGCAAGAUUUGUGAAAGAAAUGUAGAGCAUGGAAUGAUAGAGAAAAAUGGACCAAAGGCUGAAAAUAUUGCAGGGUGUUGGGUGUUUCUAUUCCACAGAGUAUUGUUGAUGUAGAACACACACAUACACAAAACAAAUCUAUAUAUGCAAACAAGGUUUUUUUUUUUUUUAAGGAUGAUGACUCAGAGAAUCGAAAGGGCUAGUAGAAACAGUAUUAGGUUGGGAAGCAGGGUAACGCACAGACGUUCCCAGUAAGUCAUGGCACUUGUGAAAGCACACGAGCACAUACAGAUGUACGCAUCCACACCCAUGCCCAUACACAGACGUUUAAAUUGUUGCACAGUCUGUAUGAGAGGUUUAGCAGUGCAUUACUCCUCUGUUUUCUUUUUAAUACACAUUUAAAAUACCGUAUUAUCACUUUAUAAAGUAUACAUUAAACCUAAUAAAUGGACCAAUAAGCCACUCUAUCAGUAUUUUGUAUACUCUGCAUAAACUCUUUAUGCCCUCAACGUGUUUUCAGGGUUUAUGCAGAUCUUUAGAAUUAAGCCUUUGUAUUUCAGUAUUAUUCAAAAAAUAUGCAAUAUUUCUCUGAGUAGCUUCUGCUAUGGUAUUCUUAAGAAGUAAAGGGGCAACUUUCUGUCCGCUGUAGGAGAGAAUUCAGUUGAAGAUGUGAGAGUAAUGAGAGACAUUUUCCAGUCACUAGAUCUUGUUUUCUUUCGUCCAUUAUUGUACUGUGCUGUACCACAUUUAUUCCAAUAUUCAUUUUGUAAAAAAUAAAAACGUGCUAUUUUGUUUGUAUUUGAAAA